AACGAGUCAGCCACGGCACAAUGAGUCACUGACCCAUUCCACACCCAACCCAACCACAAUAUUAUUCCGUAGCCAACUCUACCCCAAAGUCUAGCCAUGGACUCAAUUAAACCCUCCUCCGCUACUAAGCUCCCCAUUAAACGCAAAAACCCCGAUCCCAUCCCCAACCUUAACCCUAACCCUAAUCUUCUACCCCCCACCCUCGAAUCCACCGCCAUAUACGACUACAACGCUGUCGGUUUUUCCGCAGAAGAUGGGCAGAGAACCCCGCCGUUCAAGUACCACCGAAUCUGGACCGAACCCGACGAGCUUCUCUUCCUCCAAGGCCUCCUUGACUGCGCCUCAGAUGGCUUCUCGUUCCCCAAAGACCUUCACCUCUUCUACGCUCGAUUCUCCACCACCGUGUCUCAGCACUACACCAAAUCCCAGCUCUCUGAGAAGCUCCGCCGCUUCCGGAAAAAGUUCCGAGUCGUCUCGGCUCGGCUCGCUCGCGGCCUCCACGAGUCGCAGCUUUCGCCGCAUGAUCGCGCCUUGUACGACCUCUCGAGGAAGCUUUGGAGCUCCGAGUGCUGGUCCACUUCGCCGUUUGGUAACAAAGCCAAGAGCGACGAGGGUGAUGAUAAUUUAAUGGUGAAUCAGAAUCAGAGUGUUUUGGAUGAUCUUUUUGUGGAAAAUGAUUAUGGCGAUGAGGUGAAGAUGAUCAAUUUGUCUAGGGCCAUUGCUGGGCUGGCGGCGAAGACUGUUUUGGACGUGUUCGAUCAGUCUUUGAAUGAGGUUCGGAUGGUUCUUGUUCAACAUUGUCUGCUCUGCCCCGACCAUGUUGGUUCGGUCUCGGGCUCAGGCUCUGGCUCUGGCUCUGGCUCAUGUUCCUCCAAUAUGGGCAAGACUGCACUGGACUUCGAGCGGCAAUGGCAGCUCCAACGGCUUGCUGAGUUGGAUGUAUUGUCUCAGAGAUUGAGGUUGGUUCUCGACAACACCAUUCGGGGCCAAUGAGUUUAUGUAAGUAAUUUGUAUAGGAAAUUGACAUAUGUAAUGGAAUUGCUCUUUCAAAUUUUGUACAUUUCCCCUCAUAAUAUACAAGGAUUAGGUUGACUUAAUACAUUUAA